AUGUUGUAUCAUACCAAGUGCAGACAACGUGCCUCACGCCCUUUGCACUUUAGACGCACUCAAACCAAAAAGCGCUUCCCAGCUCCGCCUGCUGCAACGCCCAAAUCCGACCUGAAGAGCUUCGGCGAUGACGACGCAGCACCAAAAUCAUCGGGGCGCUUCCGGCGGGCCGCUGUGGUAGGGUACAGCUUUCGCUUCCCUGGCGAUGUAUGCAGCCCUGAAGCUUUUCUGGAGCUACUUCUGGCCAAGCGCGUGGUGACGGAGCCGAUUCCUGCCAGCAAGUGGAGCACGCACCGCUUCGCUGCUAAAGCCAGUGAGAUUGGCCGUUUUUGCCUUGCCAAAGUUGGUUUGGUCGCGAGCUCCGACCAGUUUGAUCCCGCUUUUUUCAGCAUCUCCGCCCAGGACGCAUAUGGCAUGGACAAUCAACAGCGCGUCUUUCUCAUGUGCGCCAUCGAGGCACUAAACCGCGCCGGCAUCCCACAUGAAAGUUUGCGCGGUAGUAACACCGGCGUCUACGUGGGUACCUCCGUCAUGGAGUACCUCGCCGCCAACAUGGGUAGCCCCGCUGCCCUCCAUGCCCACACCAAUCCCGGCUUGGCGCUCUGCGUUAUCGCCAAUCGCGUCAGCUUCUUUUUAGGCCUACGGGGCCCCAGCAUGGCCGUGGACACGGCGUGCGCCAGCUCCAUCACUGCGCUGGAUCUUGCCACCAAAGCCAUCGAGGCGGGUGAAUGCGAAAUUGCCAUCGUCGGCGGCACCAACAACCUUCUACUGCCCGACCUGACUGUAGGCUAUACUCAAAUGGGCGUCACUGCCGCGGACGGCUGCAGCAAAUCCUUUGAUGCCCGUGCCAACGGCUACGCUCGUGCCGAAGGGUACGGUUGCGUCGUGCUUCGCGCCGAGCAGCAUGCGCGCCGUGCCAACAACCCGGUGCGUGCCCUCGUGGCCGCCUGUCGUUCCAACGCCAACGGCGACCUCACCGCCGGGCUGACCAAGCCCUCCACGGAAGCCCAAAAGGUUUUGAUUGAGCAAACUUGGGCGGUUGCCGGCAUACCACUUGAGGCUGUCACCUACGUCGAAGCGCACGGUACCGGUACCGCCGUCGGCGAUCCUCUCGAAGCUACCGCCAUUGGACAAACCUUUGGCCUGGCAGCCAAGGCGGACGGCCGCCCUCCUGUUCCCAUCAGCUCCGUCAAGUCUACGCUCGGCCACAUGGAGCCUGCUGCCGGGAUGGCAUCCAUUGUCAAGGCUUGCUUGAUGAUUGAAAACCGCCUUCUUUUUCCCCAGGCCAACUUUGAAGUGCCACACCCCGAUGUCAACUGGAGCGCCCUUCACAUUGCAGUUCCGCAAGCCGCUGUCAAGGUUCCUGCCCACGAGCGCAUGGCCAUUGCCAUCAAUGGCUUUGGCUUUGGCGGCUCCAACAGCCACGCAAUUCUUGUGCAGCCCGACUUUUUUGCUGAUGAGGAUGCAGCACUGCCACUGUCGGAUUCGGUGCUCCUUCCCGUCAGCGCGGACAGCGGAGCAGCUCUUGAGAGCCUUCUGGAAGCCUGGGCCUGUUAUAAGAACGCUUCAAAUGACGCGCGUGCUGUAGCUGCGUACGCCGCCGUCUCACGCAGCCACCUUGUCCAUCGUGCCUUGGUCGUGGCCAAUGGGCCGCAGUCAUUCCGCGUCGCUGCUGCGGGUACGAGCACCGUUCCCGGCUUUACUCAGGGCGCGCUGAUACGUGGCAAGGUCUCUGCACGCAAUCCCGCCGUCGUCUUGAUCUUUGCAGGCCAAGGCACGCAGGAUUUUGACAUGGGCCGCGACAUGUACCGGACCUACCCACUUUUCCAAGAGACAGUGGAUGAGUGCGACCGUUUGUACAACGUUUGUGCGGGACACUCUUUCCUCAACCACACCGGUCUCUUUCGCGGUGAUGCCUGCGUUGACGGCUUGGAUAUCAACCGUCCAGACGUGGCGCAGCCAGCCAUCUGCUUCUUCCAGAUUGCUUACGCUCGCUUGCUAAAGUCGUGGGGGCUGCAGGUCACUGCCUGCCUGGGCCACUCGGUGGGCGAAGUGGCCUCGGCCCAUUUGGCGGGUCUUUUGACUCUCAAAACUACCAUCCGCCUCAUCUACACUCGCGGCCGCCUGCAACAGCUCACAGAAGGGGACGGCGGCAUGUUGGCCGUGCUUGCUAGUGCGGAGCGCACACGCGAGAUUCUUGCGGCGCGGGGCUAUGCCGCCACUAUCGAGCUCGCUGCCAUCAAUAGCUCCAAUUCAAUCACCUUGGCUGGACCCAAGGCGCAAAUCCUUGAACUCAAGGAAAUUCUCAAACACCAA